AAACAGUAAAGAAACAUGGCGGAAGAAGGCUCGGGGGUGGAAGCAGAGGAUAAAUUGGAGACAGAACCGGAUCCUUGUCGGUCCAAAUGUUGUCCAGAAACUUUUGUCGAAAAAGAAACUGAAAAUACGAAUGAAAGGUCCAAGGAAGAUUUUAGCGUUGAGGAGAAAGAAAAAGACACGACAGAAGAAGAGCAAGUUAAUUCCAGUAGAGAAACUGCGAGUUUUCGUGUUGUUUGGAACAAGAAAAACUACGAGGUGACUUUUCCUGUGGAUGAAACAGUCGAUAGUCUCAAACAACACAUCGAGAAGCUCACAGGUUUACCAGUUUCAAUGCAAAAACUAAUGUAUAAAGGACUAGUUAAGGAUGGAAGCAAAACGUUACGAGAAUUAAAUGUUUCUAAUGGAGUGAAGAUGAUGGUUGUUGGCUCAACCAUUAAUGAUGUAAUGAAAGUAACACCCCCUCCUCCAGGGACCUUAAAAGAUGAAAAAUCAGGCACCUCGGGUUCUUCAAAGGAGCCACUUAGUAAACAAAAGAUGCAUAAAAAAGUUUUAGACAAAGGAAAACCAGAUGAUGUCAUGCCUGGAUUUAAAACUAAAAAAGAAAAGUUACCAAAUGUUCCAAUUGCUGGGAUGUAUAACAAAUAUGGAGGAAAAGUUAGAUUAACUUUCAAGCUUGAAUUGGAUCAAGUUUGGAUUGGAACAAAAGAACGAACAGAAAAGAUACCGAUGGGAUCAAUAAAAAAUGUAGUGUCGGAACCAAUCGAGGGCCACGACGAAUAUCAUAUGAUGGCCAUUCAGCUUGGACCAACGGAGGCAUCUCGAUACUGGAUCUACUGGGUUCCUGCACAAUACGUGGACGCAAUUAAAGACACUAUUCUCGGCAAAUGGCAGCCAUUUUAGAUUGUUAUAAACACAGUUUCGCUACUGUGGUGUCAACUGAAACACUGCCUCAUUCACUGGUUUGGCUAAACACGAUGUCGUUGGUUUAAGUUGGAAAUAUGUUUUUCGCAGCUUACGAUGCUAUAAACAUUUCUGCGUCUGCUUAGCUGAUUAUCGAAACAAAUUUGUCAACUUUUGCUGCUCUAACGACGGGAACCUAUGGACUUCGAUUCGAUCUUCUUUUUGCAGUCUCGAAGAUGGUAUUUUUUACUUCUAGUUCUUCUUUAAAGUAAAUCCUUGAUUUUUACCCUCUGUUUCGGAUAUUGCAAAGUGUUACCGUGAAGUGUUACAUUGAUAACGAAGCGUACUGACCUGAGGAAAAUUUUUGCACCGCUGAGGAAAUUACCCUGAUUAUUUUCAGUUUCUAUUUCAGCCUUAAGAAUCUGUCCUUC